AAGGCUAUACGGAAGCGGAAAUUAAAGGGAAGCGGAGUAGGGCUCCGGGACAAACUCAGCGAUGAAUAUCCUUCCCAAGAAAUCGUGGCACGUCAGAAACAAGGACAAUGUCGCCCGAGUGCGGCGGGACGAAGCGGAGGCCGAAGCCCAGCGGCAGAGCCGGGAAGCCCGAGUCCUGCUGGCUGAGCAGGAGGCCCGGACUGACUACUUGCGCAAGAAAGCACGCCUGUCGGCCCCGGGAAAAAACAGCAGUAGCUUGGACCUCCUUGGCUCAGAAGGGCCGCCACAACACAUCAACUUUUUCCAGGAAUUGCAAGAGGGCGGAAACAAAGAGCACGAAGAAGAGAAGAGGCAAGAGAAGGAACGGCGGGAGAAGGCUUUGGGGAUCCUCACGUACUUGGGGCAGAGCGCGGCCGAGGCCCAAACUAGCCGGCCUUGGUACCAGGAGCCCCCAGAACGCAGCAAGGACGAGAAGCCGCAAGGAAACUCCAAGGAUGUGAAACUGAAAGGGAGGCUGGACCCUCUGGUCGAGAUGGAAAAGCAUCUGCGGAAAAAGAAGAGCUCGCAGAAGGAAGGGAAGAAGGAGAAAGGAGAGCGGGUGCAGAAGGACAGGAAAGGGAACUUGGCAGCAGGGCCUUCUCCAUCGUCAUCCCCUGUAGAGAAGCUGAGGCAGGAACGGCUGCAGCGUGAGCGGGCAGAACGAGCCCGGGCAGAGGCUCUUCUGGCCCAGAGAGCAGGAAAACCCCUUCCUGGGGAGGCGGAGGAGGAAGUGGACGAAAGGAAACGUGGCUACAACUCCCAGUUCCAUCCGCAGCUGGCGAGAAAGAGGACCUGGGAGUCCCAGUGAGAGCCCUGCCUGUGUGGCCAUAUCCGAAUUCGCCGAGAGGCAGCCGGCCUGAAAGACUUGUUUAGUGCCUUGCAGGCUAGGCCCUGUGAGGCUAAGGGAGGCCGUUUUUUCCCCAUCCUCCACCAUUUAAAGAGGUCAGGCAACAAACUCACAUCUGUUCACCCUCCAGCAGCGAACAGCUGUAGAAACCUUCUAUGAGUUUCAUACCACAGACUGCCACAACGACCACAAACCUGGUUUCGGUGCCAGCCUCCCGCCGGAAGGACGGGGGUGGGGGUGGGGGCUAUCAGAUCCCUGACAGUACAUGGUGCGAUGUUUGGUGGGUUCCAGGUUUUGACCAUCUACCUGGAACCCUGACUGUACAGCGAGCUCAAACACAUACAUCGGCUUCCUAAAAACAAGCAUAAUUGGAAAUAAAGCAACACCACAACUUACUGUAAGUUUCAGAUUUCCUUACGCAAAGGAAGGACACGAUCUCCCUUCUAUAUAAACCCAGGAGUAAGUUGUAACUUUGCUGGCUCAUAAAAUAGGGAGGCAGGCUCUGAAGAUUGGGCUGCCCGUGCCGACAGCUAAUCCGAGCUGCCACUUGGCUGCUCGGCAGGAGGCAGAAAUCGACAAAAACAAAUGUGGCAAACUUGUGUAGUUCCGCUAUCGCCAGAGUGAGAGACGAAGAACUCCGAGCGGCUUACAGUGUGCAUAGCUUAGUAGCAGGCCUGGAUGGGGGAUGUCUCUUUCUUCGUCACCCCCUGUUGGAAACUACCUGACCUAGUCAAUGGACAACAGGAGGGAACAGACCUGACCAAUUCUCGGCUUGCCCUCCUUAUUCACAGGUGGGUACCUAUCACAUCAACCGUGCUUGAAGGAAGCAAACAGACUGAUGUAAGAAAGGGUGGCGUUUAUGUACAGCGAAUUAAACACGACAAGGCUCCUUCAAUAAAAGUUUCCUUCCGACAGUUAA